AUGGGGAACAGCAGCAGUAAACCCAGAGGCCAGGUCACUGAGCAGGACAAGGCCAUCCUCGACCUCAAGCUCCAGCGCGACCGCCUGCACCGCUACCAGCGCCAGAUCACCGUGCUCACCGACAAGGAGACCGAUGUCGCCCGCCAGAUGCUCGCCAAGGGCGACAAGCGCCGCGCCCUCCUCGCCCUGCGGCGCAAAAAGUACCAGGAGACGCUGCUGUCGCAGACGGACGCCCAGCUCGCCCAGCUCGAGCAGCUGACGUCCAAGGUCGAGUUUGCCCAGAUCCAAAAGGACGUCGUCUUUGGCCUGCAGCAGGGCACAAGGGUCCUGACCCAGAUCCACGCCGAGAUGGGCGGCAUCGAGCAGGUCGAGAAGCUCAUGGGCGAGACGGCCGACGCCAUUGCCUACCAGCAGGAGAUUAGCGACAUGCUCGGCGGCAAGCUCACGGCUCAGGACGACGAGGAGGUCGACGACGAGCUGGAGGCGCUCGAGAGGGAGAUGGCCGGUGGUGACAAGACGGUCGACGAGCUGCCGAGCGUCCCCGACGCCAAUCUCCCCGAGCCCGAGCCCGAGCCCGAGCGCGAACGCGAGCGCGAACGCAAGGCCCAGGCGCAAGCACAGAAACAGGAGCAGCCCUUGGCGGCGUGA